UGCAACUCCCCGAGAAGUGUGCGAGCCCGAGAGGCGAUGCUCCCGGUGAUCGAGGUCGGCGAAAGUAUCUCGCCAUCUACCCAUUCAAAUAGUAUUCCCCAUGGGAAGCUACAGGUGGAGAGCGCCUUACUUCUUAGGUAUGGAAGGUUAGAUCGUUCAGAACGGUUGGCAGAAAGAGCGAAUAAUACUAUGCGUGCUACUGUGGGAGGAAUGCUCGAUAGGGUUCUCCGAUUUCCGACUGCUGCAUGCCACACCAACUUUGCAACCAACAAGUCUGUGCCUAGCAUAGUAGACGCCUUCCAUGCACUUUGAGCACCCUGGAAUAAUGCCAGAUGAUAGCUGAGAGGAAAACCAUGGAGUACCUGCCCAAGAUUCACUCCAAAAACAGGAGGAGUCAAAUGUUGAUCAGUCCGCAGCGACCUACAACAUCUCACCGAGCCUUUUAGAUCAAGACCUGCAGGUUUAUGCCUUAGGCGGAAGAUACGGCAUCCCCAGAUCUGAACAAGAAGGCUGCUCAGCAUUUUGAGAAAGUGCUACACGAUGUCGACUUGACGGUCGAGGUGUUCAGUAUCAUUCGAAACGUUUACUCAAUGACAAUACCUCAAGAUCGAGUGCUCCGAGAUAUUGUCACAGGCAAAGUAUAUUGUGCGAUUCGGGUUGGGUUUCUGGACCAAGAGUUCAUGGAAACGCUUCGUAGUGAAGGCGAUGCGGACCUGCUGUCCUAUAUAUCUAAGGAGAAUUUGGAACAAUACGAGGCAAUCCUGGCCACCAUUCAACACCCCGGCUAUUGCGAUGUAUGUCAAGCAACUCUGGUGUUGAAACAGUGGGUGUCGAAGCGUAAGAAUCAUAUUACUCGUUACUUACGGCGGGUUUCGCAAAGAACUGCACAUGCCGCAAUUAUGACUGUUGCCUAGUUACCGAACUCGGUGAAUCAAUAUGGGAAUGCGUCUUUGCAUUCGACGUUACGUUUGUCCG